GCGCGGGCAGCGAAGGAGUCACGCCGAGGACGACGCGAUCAGCUGACACAGGGAGGGGGGUCUCCUGUGGAGCUUGAGCGGACUGCGUGGUGGGGUCCUUUAACGCCAAGGGAUCCACAGAGAAUUGGAAAACUCUCAGGAAUAUGAAGCAGCAUUCUUUUUGGAGCCCCUCAAAGUGGGUCGUCUGCAGCCUGCUGCUGUGGAUCCUGCGUGCGUCCCUCUCCCAGCCCACCUACACGUGGACGAACCGCCACACCCAGGAGAGGCACGUGUGCCGGCAGUGCCCGCCGGGGACCUACGUGGCGCAGCACUGCAGCCGGGAGCGGCAGACGGCGUGCAAGCCGUGCCCCGGCCAGCACUACACGCAGUACUGGAACUACCUGGAGCGCUGCCUCUACUGCAGCGUCUUCUGCAACCGGAUGGAGGAGGAGGCGUCGGCAUGCAACGGCACCCACAACCGGGUGUGCCAGUGCAAGGCCGGCUUCCACGCCGAGCAGGACUUCUGCAUCAAGCACUCCCCGUGCCCGCUGGGGGCCGGAGUGGUCCAGCUGGGCAACCCACAUGGAGACACCAAGUGUGUGUUGUGUGCUCCAGGGACCUUCUCCUCCUCCGUUUCCAGCACAGAUUCAUGCCAGCCGCACCGGAACUGCUCUGAGCAAGGCCUGGAGGUCAACGUUCAUGGCACCAGGUUCCAUGAUACCCUCUGCACGGCUUGCCAGCUGGGCAAGGCUGGUUCAGAGGAAGGCUUAGAAAAUGCCGACUGCCAAGAGGCCUUAAUAGACUUUGUGCCUUACGAAAUCAAGUCGCGGAGAAGGCUGCUGCACCUGAAGCAGAUCCUCAGCAAUGAACCUCGCUCGGCCAGGGGCGCAAGAAAGAACCCCGAGGAGCUUCAGGUAGAGCUGCAUAACUUCCUUCUGCAGCUCAAAAAUGCCAACGGGAGAGCUUAUGUUGUUCGAAAGCUUCAAGAAACUCUCACCCGUUUGAACCUGCACCAUAUAAAAGCAAAGAUCAAUAAGCAUUUCGAACGUUUAUGAGGAUAACAAGCCAGUCAUCUACACGUCUACUCAGAAGUAAGCACCAUUGAAUUCAAUGGGAUUUACUUCCAAUUUAGUAUGUGUAAGAUGGUAGCUUCGGUUUGCACUUUGAGCUGCCUUAAGUUAUUCAAGUCUACUUGUAUAUCUCAGAGAAAGAAAAAGAAUAAUUUCAGUCUGUUGCAGUUUAUUUUGGUCAUCCUCUUUGUACCUGAACUCACCCUCCAGAUUAACAAGUUUAACAUGCAGAAUUUUGACACAAUAUUCAGCAAGUCUGAUCCUCGGUAUGCAAGGUGAGCAACAAUCCCAUGGCCAGUAAGUUUGUCUUGCAGUUGUCUUCUCGGGCAUGCAGACAACCCAACGUUGGAUCACCUGCUCCGGAUGGACCCAGACUCAGUUCACCCAAAUCAAGAGUUACACCUGCGUUAGAUGCCUUCUGAGUUAGCAGGUGUUGUGGGCAAUCUGGCUAGAUCAGUUUGAUGAUGCCAAGUAAGACAUGAGAGAGGUCCCUUUAAGCAGCCAGGGUAUCUCUGGGCAUCCUUCUGGCAUGGCUUGGCAGGGUUUCACUGGUGUCCCAGGGAUGCAGACCAGAGGAAGAAUGUCUUCCUGCUGUUCUCAGGAAGGUCCCCACCAGUCUUCUGCCUCCUUGCUGCUCUCCUCACCUGGCUUUGGACGCCUGUUAACCUCUGCUUGAUGAGGAUGAGAAAGGCUUCUACUUGACCUGUGUCUGAGCAUCAUUGCAUGAUGCUGUCCUUGGUCAGUGGCCCAGGCAUUUCACCGAAGCUGUGCUAGAGGCAUCGUGCCUACCACGAAGAACUGGGGGGCUGCUUGCUCCCCAUUGCGAGCCCCCCUGUUGAAGCUUGGUGUGGUGCUUCUGAUUCUCCACAUGCCAAGGCUGGUGUUGAUGGCUGGGAGAGCAGACAGUCUCAGUCCGGGACCCUCCCCACACGAUGGAUGGGGAUCUUCCUAGCACCCAUCGAUUUGGCCGUCAGGGGAUGGCCCUGGGAGGACCCAGCUGUCAGAUGUGACUCUUUAAGACACACUUCAAGUAGAUGGACAGGUGUGUUUGGUUCCCCCCCCCCCUUCUUGUACCAUGUCCAGGAGACUCCAGGAGACUGAUGGGAUCCAGUGGAUUUCCCAGAGCUUUUAGGUAUUUCCCAGUGGGCAGAACUGGAGAUUCAGCCAAGGCCUGAUCUCCCUGCGGAGUGUUGAGAUGUGGCGGGCCCUGGACUUGGUCAUGCCCAAGUGCCCUUUCCAGCUCUGGAAAGGCCCUUUUGGUUAUGCUGUGGUCAGUGAAGCCAGCCAGAAAUUGGGUCAAGAAAAAUGGCGCCCAGCUCAGGGAAAAGAUGAGCACCCAUGUGACAGGCAUCCACCAAAGAGACUGUUAUUCGCCCAGGUUUUCCUGCUUUCCCUCCCCUGUUUUGUACUGGUCACAUAUAGCUAGGUCUUUUUGUGACCUAAAAUUAUUUUUCAUACUGUACGGAAGUUUAUUUUAAAUAUGAUGUUAAUGUUUGUAUGUGAACCACAUAGAGAUUCUAUUAUAUUUAAGCAGUAUAUGAAAAUAAAUGCAUUUAUACAUAAAGAAAA